AUUUUUAAAUAUAAAGCAAUAGUACAUUUUAAAGUCAUGAGAGGAAACAUAUCCUCCAUAGAAACAUAGCUUUUCUAAAGGAGCGUGGUGCAUAACAUGUAGACAAAAUUAUUGUUGCAGGACUGCUGAAAAAUGGCACUCAGUGUUCAAUAGGAAAUGUAUGGUGCUGUGAGCUAGAACAAAAUGUUACUAUUAAAGUUGUCAUGUAAAAUUCUCCAGUUUUGAAAAUUUCGGUUGAAAGAUGCUAUUCAUGAAAAUACAAAAAGGAAAAAACCAAGUGGUUUUGGGAGAAAAUUAUUUUCCAGUGUGGUAUUAGUAUUCUUUCUUAAGGAAAGGAUCUAAAUACGUAAUCCAACACUGAAAAUAUUGUGUGCUGAAGUACUAACAUUUCUUUUAGGUAGAAUGAAGGAGCCCAAUCCAUGAAAAACAGCACUAAGUCAAAUGUACACAGAAGUAUGUGGAGAGGGAUGUCUAUAUAGUUUUUACCAUGUUUGCUUUUUUUGUUUAUUAUGGACUGACAUGGACAGUGUAUCUGUUUAGCCCCCCCUACAAACUACUGCAAGUACAACUUUUACUGUCAAAAUCUGUCAGUUCUAAUCAGUUAAAUGGCAGUUCAAAUGUCAUGUUUUCAUCGAUAUAUACAGGAAAAUAGUAAAUAUACAAACAGACCAGACAUAACAGACGCAACAGUUAUGACACAGUAAGUAAUUUCCCCCCAGGCCCCGCCAUCUGAAACCUUUGAAUCCAUCACCCUCAAAAUUGCUGUUGUUGUGUAAUUGUAGUAUAAUAUAUACCCUGUGUCUCAGCAAUCCUGGUGGAGGAAAUGGUGGUUUUAUUCUUUUAUGAUCAAUUUGCUGCUUAAGAUAAAAAAAGACGGAGAUUUACAGGAAGUUAAUCUUUGAUUUUAAAACUGUAAAAUUCAUCAAACUUGUUUUCACUGUUAUUGUCUUGGUUAAACAGUGCCACAAAGCAAUUCUUGUAGGCUGUAGGUCACACUGAUGUUUAUGCUAAUUAAGUGUAUUUUUCUCAGUAUCAUGUCUUAAUGAUGACAAAUUAUUUUUUUACUCUUUAUUAGUUGAUCUACAGUACUACAGAAAUAAGGACAGAACAAUGUUGAUAAAAAAGAUUUUGUGUCAUUGCUGCCAAAUUAUUAUUGGCAACAAUUUAAUCAUAACCUGGUUUAGGCAGCGUUCACUGCAAAUAGGGAGGCUGUUCUUGUUCUGACAAAAUAAUGAUACCACGAAAAUAAAACAAACAGUAAAGACAAACAGUAAAUGCUUUAAAUGUAUCCUUUCAUAGAAUUGUGAUCAUUGCCACUAUUGGCAACAGUUGGAGAAUUUGUUUCAACUCAGGAACAAAUUGGCCUUUGGGCUCUUUUGUUUUACUCGCCAGAGAAGAAAAUAGUUCAAAGUUCAAGGGGCGUAACUGAAUAAGAGUAUAUUCAGCUGUAAACUGCUGAAACUUGAACCUUUGAGGGCACUUGCAGCUGCAGGACUGACACAUAUCUCCUGAUUACAAUGUAUGAAUAUAUUUUAUACACCGCCCUUACAGGUUUGGCAAUUUUGCCAUUAUUGAUUUACUUGAGAAAUCCUUAUAUCCUGAAAGAUUUGAACUAUGCAAUUACUGCAAUUAAAAUUUCUAUGCGAGUAAACAAAUUCAAGAAGCAGAAACCCUUUUACAGUAUUUUGGAUUGUUUUCUGGACAAAGUCGCGAGGCAGCCGCAUAAGAAUUUUAUACUUUUCGAGGAAAGCUCCUAUACUUACUGCCAAGCUGACCACGAAAGCAACAGAGUGGCCAGAGCUCUCUCCACGCAUGCCCACCUGAAGGAGGGAGACACAGUGGCUCUCUUCCUGGGCAACGAACCGCAGUUUGUGUGGCUCUGGCUGGCACUGGCCAAGCUGGGAUGCAUAGCUUCUUUGCUGAACUACAACAUCAGAUCCAAAUCUUUGCUGCACUGCUUCUCCUGCUGUGAUGCCAAAGUCGUUGUCGCUGGUGCCGAAUUGCGAGGGGCUGUGGAGGAGGUGUUGCCCACCUUGAAGCAGCAGGGCAUCCGUGUGUUUAUCCUCAGUGAGGACUGUGAUGUGGAGGGCAUUGAAAGCCUCUGUGAUAAAAUCCGGCAGGCCUCAGACGAGCCUCUGUCACCUCGGCUGAGAGCCAACAUUAACAUUAAGAGUCCUGUGCUGUACAUCUACACCUCGGGAACCACAGGUCUUCCCAAGGCAGCUGUAAUUAACCACGAGAGGCUAUGGAUGUCAUCUUUUCUUCAGUCUAUUGCUGGCGUAUGCUCAGACGAUAUCAUCUACAUUUACCUGCCUCUUUACCACAGUGCUGGCUUUCUGAUGGGACUUUGCGGCGCCAUAGAAAAAGGCAUCACUGUUGUUUUAAGACGUAAAUUCUCUGCCACCCACUUCUGGAAUGACUGCAGAAAGUACAAUGUGACUGUUGUUCAGUAUAUAGGAGAAAUUAUGCGCUACCUCUGCAACACACCAAAGAAAGACAAUGACAGAGAUCAUAAAGUCCGACUGGCUUUGGGGAACGGGAUAAGGGCUGACACCUGGGCUGAUUUCCUGCAGCGAUUUGGAGACAUUCGUAUAUGUGAAUGCUACGGAGCCACUGAAGGAAAUAUUGGCUUUGUCAACUACAUUGGCAAAGUUGGAGCUAUUGGCAAAGAGCAUUUUCUCCAAAAAAUGGGAUGUCCAUAUGCACUGAUAAGAUACGACACAGAGAAAGAGGAGCCAGUCAAAGACUCCAGAGGAUUUUGUAUUGAAGUACCCAGAGGAGAGACUGGUUUGUUGGUGGCAAAGAUUGGAAAACUAACACCUUUCAGUGGCUACGCUAAGAACAAGCAGCAGACAGAGAAGAAAAAGCUGAGAGACGUGUUUGUGAAGGGAGACUUCUACUUUAACAGUGGCGACCUUCUAAAGAUAGACAACGAGGGAUUUAUCUACUUUCAAGACCGCAUUGGAGACACUUUCAGGUGGAAAGGAGAAAAUGUGGCAACCACAGAGGUGGCCGAUCAUUUGCUCAUGGUGGACUGCGUCGAGGAGGCUAAUGUCUAUGGUGUGAAGGUGCCAGGACAUGAGGGACGAGUUGGAAUGGCAGCACUGAAGCUAAAAGAAAACAUGGACUUUGACAGCAAAGCUACAUAUCAACACGUCAAAAACUACCUCCCCAGCUAUGCAAGGCCCCGUUUCAUUCGCAUACAGGAUGCACUGGUGGUAACUGGGACAUUUAAACAAAUGAAGAUGAAGUUGGCAGAGGAGGGCUUCAACCCUGCUGUCAUCAGGGACCCUUUGUUCUACCUGGAGGACAAUAAGGGCUACGUGCCCAUGACUCAGGAGAUAUUCAGCUCCGUCGCAGAGGGAAGAAUCAGGUUCUGAAUGAGAUCAACGUUUAUUACUGGAUUGUCAACCUCAAAUAGUAGAUUCGAUUUUUAUGUUUUAGGUGAUAUAGGAUGCUAAAUAAUUAAUUAAUAAUUAAUAAUUAAAAUAAUGCUAAAUGACCUGCACGUUGAGUGUUUAUGUACAGCGCAUUUCAUGAGGUACUUCAUCUUCUGUGGAGAAUAUUGUGUACUGAAAUAAUUCAAGGGAUGUCAUUUUGUUUCAAAUACAUUUUAAUAAAAAUAUAUUGAAAACAA